AUGGAAGAAUUAGGAGUGGUCAAUCCGGUGGAAACAGCGGUUGCGGAAAGAAAUACAGUGAAAUCUUAUGGCGCCCUGUUGUCACAAUUGAACAAUAAUGGGACAAAUAUCAGUUCCAGCGGUAAUACAGAUGUGUAUCUAACACUGAAGAAGCUGGAAAAGGAACUUGAGCUAUUGAUCUUGCAGGGAGAAUACAUAAAAGACGAACAACGCCAUUUGAAGCGUGAGCUUUUAAGGGCUCAGGAAGAAGUUAAGAGAAUUCAAUCCGUUCCUUUGGUAAUUGGGCAGUUUCUGGAGCCAAUUGAUGAAAACACAGGUAUUGUGUCAAGUACCACCGGCAUGAGUUACGUUGUGAGAAUUUUGUCCACAUUAGAUCGUGAACUUUUGAAGCCUUCGAUGUCGGUGGCACUACAUCGCCAUUCCAAUGCACUGGUAGAUAUCCUGCCACCAGACUCGGAUUCUAGUAUAUCGAUUAUGAGUGAGAAUGAGAAACCAGAUGUCACAUACGCGGACGUUGGUGGGCUAGAUAUGCAGAAGCAAGAAAUAAGGGAGGCUGUUGAACUGCCCUUGACACAGGCUGAUUUAUAUCAGCAAAUUGGUAUAGAUCCUCCAAGAGGUGUGUUACUGUAUGGCCCUCCAGGUACGGGUAAAACAAUGCUUGUCAAAGCAGUAGCCAAUAGUACAAACGCAUCCUUCAUCAGAGUUAAUGGCUCCGAGUUCGUUCACAAAUAUCUGGGAGAAGGUCCACGUAUGGUGCGUGAUGUCUUCAGGCUAGCAAGGGAAAACGCGCCCUCUAUUAUAUUCAUUGACGAAGUGGAUUCUAUCGCUACCAAACGUUUCGAUGCUCAGACAGGUUCAGAUCGUGAAGUGCAGCGUAUUUUAAUCGAGCUUCUGACGCAGAUGGAUGGUUUCGAUCAGUCCACCAAUGUGAAAGUGAUCAUGGCAACCAAUAGGGCGGACACACUGGAUCCUGCGCUACUAAGACCCGGUAGACUGGAUAGGAAAAUAGAGUUUCCAUCGCUUCGUGAUAGACGUGAGCGUCGUUUGAUCUUCGGUACAAUUGCAGCUAAGAUGUCCUUGGCCCCGGAGACUGAUUUAGAUUCCCUGAUUAUACGUAACGACUCCCUUUCAGGUGCUACGAUUGCGGCUAUCAUGCAAGAGGCUGGUUUGCGUGCUGUUAGGAAAAACAGAUACGUCAUUUUGCAGAGCGACUUGGAAGAGGCUUAUGCUGCGCAAGUCAAGACCGAUAAUGACGUUGACAAAUUUGAUUUCUACAAAUAG